AUGGCGCCCUCUCGAACGAGCACCGUCAAGAACAAGCAUGCCGCCGCCAAGUCGGGCAUCGCCAACAGCAAGGCCUCCAAGCGCGGAGCGACUGACGGCAUCGUCAAGUCGUCCAAGAAGUCGUCCGGCAACAAGGGCGCCCUGCCGAAUAAGCAGAUCAAGGACAAGGGCCGCGACGCUCUCAUCAAGAAGCUCCGGAACCCCAAGAAGCGCUCCUACACUGAGGAGGAACUCGGCAUCCCCAAGCUCAACACAAUCACCCCCGUCGGCGUCAUCAAGCCCAAGGGCAAGAAGAAGGGCAAGGUCUUUGUCGAUGACAGGGAAAGCAUGAACACGAUUCUGUCACUGGUCCAGGCCGAGAAGAAUGGCCAAAUCGAGUCCAAGAUGAUCAAGGCGCGCCAGAUGGAGGAGAUCCGUGAGGCCCGCAAGGUCGAGGCCGAGAAGAAGGAGCAGGAGAGGGAUUCCAAGAUGGAGACCGCCAAGGAUGCCUUGAGGAAGAAGCGCAAGCGCAAGAGCGCUGGUGAUGCCGAGGACAACGUCAGGAGCGUGACAUCCACUGGCACCAAGGCCGGCAAGGCCAAGGGAAGGAAGCGCGUAUCGUUUGCGUGA